AUGAGGUUACGCCCUGGAUAUCGCCACAAAAGCGAUAUGAACUCACUUAUGAUGCGUGAAACCGAAGCAAAUCCUAAAGACGGGAUACGCCUUUUGGAAGUGGGUGACGACCCUAGUGGAAGAGGGUUUCGGAUGAUUAUCAUCACCCCUACCCAGGUGGAAUGGUUGAGAAUGUACUCCGGUCGAGGUAUAGCAGUUGAUGAUACUCACAAUGUCACAAAGUAUAACCUGAAAUUCGCUACAGUGUCUGUGGCAGACCAGAGGGAUCGUGGUCUACCUGCAGCUUUUUUGUUGAGUGGCACCAUGGCAGCAUAUGAUGUUCACAUGCUUUUCGCGGAGAUACAGAAGCUUGUACCAGAUUUCAAUCCACAUCAAAUUGUGACGGAUGAAGCCCCAUGCUUUUAUAACGGAUGCCGCGAAACAUUUCCAACAUCUCAAGCAAAACUUCACUACUGCAGGUGGCACCUUGAUCAGACUUUCAGAAAAGCCACAAUACGGCUUGUGGAGGUAUCUACACCCUUUUUUGCAGUGUGUCAUAGAUGCUACAGUAAAUUUCUAGGCACGCUUGAGGGGUUCAUCAACAAGGAUCUAAGUAGACUUCUUUUGAUUGCCGAUCUUGAGACGUUCGAGCGGAAAUUUGCGGAGAUUCUUGCUUUUCUGGAUGUGGAGGGACAAACCGCCAUGGCGACUUAUCUCAGGGAGAAUUAUCUAGGUGACAUUGUAGCCAAUAUUAUCUUAUUCAAACUUGAGGCUGUAGGAAGGACCGCAACUUGGGCUUCGUUCGCCAACCAACAUGUUGUGAUGGACACUAAAAUGAUCAGUGAGCGGUGGCACCUCAGGCUAAAGAAGGACUUCCUCCACAGAAAUUCCAAUAUAAGGGCCGAUUUCCUGGUGGAUUUACUAAUUAAAGCAGUCGAAGAUUUAGCGGACACAAACGAAAUAAGGGAUCGACGACGUGCCGCAACAUCGUCAUAUCGUGUACAAGAAACUACCAAAUGUCAUCGUAAGGCCAUGCUGUAUUAUGAGAGAAGACCUCAACGGAUUCGCAGGAUCGGAGAAAUGGAGUGGCAAGUCGAGGGUAAACAACCCACGGACCUAUAUACCGUUACGCAAGGCGAAUGUCGUUGCGAUAUCUCAAUGGGCCACAAUGUCCACUGCCCACUAUGCAACAUCUGUCCCUAUUCUUGGAACUGCUUAUGCCUGGACAACAGAUCUGGAAUCAGCUGUCUCCACAGACACGCGGUGAAGCUCUACGGUGGUGAGAUUGCAACCCGAAUCAGCUCUGCCGAGCCUGUUGCCGGAGAAGGAGUUGAAGGGAGACGCCUUGAAGUCGAGGAAGCCUUACCUCCCACACUGGAACCAUCCACCUCGCGCGUGACGACAGCUCAGGAAAGAAAACAGGAGAGAAGUCAGAUGAGGAAUGAUAUUGAAAGUAGGUAUGCUGUAGUCUACUCUCAUGUCAAUGUGCUCGUGAACACGGACACAGCAGAGUCCCUCGAUUCGCUCAAAGAGAUCUAUGAGCUGAUAGACCAAGCUUCGAGGAUAAGGGUGCGAGGAUCAGUGUCAGAGCCGAAUCUCGCAGUGAGGCCCGAACUAACCAAGCUAGGUGGAAAACCGUUGCUCACUAAAGCAGAACUAUUCACGGCAAGGCAAGUUCAAGUAGAUAGUCAUCUUCGUACCUCUAGUCAAUAA